GCUGGGGGAUAAGUGCUGAUAGGAAGAACCGUCAGUCGAGCGCAAGGAUUCGGGUAUAAGAAGUAGUACUGAGCUCACCGGAAACCACUUAAAGGGUAACCAAAGGAGGCAAGGCCGCAAGGGAACACUUGACCAAGGCCAAGGCCAAGAAUCAGAUCCAGAAUGGACACAAUUGGAAGGAGCAAGCUAAAACUCGCUCGGUUUGUUCUUGGGAUUGUGCUCGGAUUGUGCUCCAAGCUGCAUGGAUUUUUAAAAGAUGGACGUGGAGAAAUGAGGUCCGAAGGAGGGUACGAAUGGGAAGAAGGGAGUGACUGCUAUUCUAUGCACCUACGUAGGUAUGCAUGUACGGAUGUAUCUGUAUCUGUAUCGUCCUUCUUGCGCUGGAUGUACGAAUGUAAUGUACGAAUGUAAUGUCAUGUACGUGUUAUUCGUGUUAGUCCCC